GAGUUUACCGCCUCGGCCUUCUCUGCAGCGCCUGGCGUUUAUCUACACACCUGUAGAGGUGUUAGCGCCUACCAUCUUGUUGGGCACUUUGCAACAGCUGAACAGCGGAGGAGAACAGAGGAGCGAGGAAGAUGAGCAGCGUGGAGACGCAGGCCCGGGCGUUCGUGGACGAGGUGCGCUGCGGCCUGGAGAAGAACUGGAUGCUGGAUCUCGGCCACCCCCUCCUCAACCGCAUCGCCGAGAGCUUCGUCAAGGCUGCCGGGAUCGGCGCGGUCCAGGCGGCCGCGAGGGAAUCAUACUUCAUGGCAAUCGACGGCGAGGGAGGAUCGGUGUCCGGCACCACCGGCUCAAGGAAACGGUCGUUCCCGGAACUUAAUGGGACUAACAGUAGCAAGUCAGUUGAGGCUAUGGUGAAAAGCGUGAGCAAAGAGUCGUUGCAGUGGGGGCUCGCGGCAGGGGUGCACUCCGGCCUGACCUACGGCCUCACGGAGGUGCGCGGGGCGCACGACUGGAGGAACAGCGCGGUGGCCGGCGCCAUCACGGGCGCCGCGGUCGCACUGACGUCGGACUGCGCGUCGCGCGAGCAGGUCGUGCAGUGCGCCAUCGCCGGGGCCGCGCUGUCCACGGCCGCCAACGUGCUCUCCGGCAUAUUCUGAACCACCGGAAACGUUUGUUCUGUCACGUAGAUCGCCACUCUAGUUGUGAGUCUUAUUUGGGCGCUCUAUGGAAGGGUGGUGUACCGCCAUGUUGCCAUUGUUACGUUUUAGUGUAAGCAACUUGUACGGCAAUUGGAUCCUUGUAUCCAACUAUCCAUGCUUUCAGCUUUCCUGUAUGCGGACCGGAGGAUUUUCUUGUUACAUGCAUCGUAUCUGUUGCUGCAGCUAUAUAUAUUGAGCAUUCAUGACAAUCAUCAA